AUGUCUCGACUGCACUUCAAGGGCGGGGCCUGGACGAACGCCGAGGAUGAGGUGAUGAAGGCAGCGCUGGCGCAGUACGGCCUCCGGGAUUGGGAGCGGGUGGCCUCGAUGCUGACCAAAAAGACCGCCACGCAGUGCCGCGAGCGGUGGGAAAACUACCUGGACCCGCGUCUGAACAUUCACGAAGCCUGGAGCCUCGAGGAGGAGGAAAAGCUGGUCGAGCUCCAGGCGCUCUUCCCGCACAAAUGGCGUCUCAUUUCGGAACAGCUGACGCGGCGCACCCCGAACCACUACAUCCGGCCAGCGUGGCUGUGCGAGCAGCGCUACCUGGAGCUCAAAGAUGAACAAGAGUACUACCUGAAGCAGCAGCAGCAGCAGCUCAAAGACGCACCAGGCGGCGCCCCCGGUGAGAAGCAGAGCUUAGAGUCCUUCAUGGCGGAGCGGCGGCGACGGCGCAUCGCGCGCAAGACGCAUGAAGAGCGCGCCUCCAGGGCCGACACUGUCAGCGGCGAACGCUGCGAGAGAGAGAUGAUCGACAUGGCCACCAGCCGCCUAGCGAACCAGGACCAGAAGAAGGGUCUGCGCAAAGAGCGCCAGCAGCAGCUCGCAGAGGCGGCCUUUCUCGCCAAACUGGAGAGCAAUCGCGAGGGCAUCGAGUCUGGCACUCUAUCACUGCGCCAAACCCGCAAGAUGAAGAAGGCCUUGGAGGAGGACCGGCAGAAGCCCGGUCUGGUUGACGAGAUUGAAGAGGUCGACGAGGAGGACGGCGCGAGCGGCGACGCGCGCGACUCUGAUGAGAACGAUGAUAACGAUGAGCAAUUUGAGGCGAUUGACAUGUACGAGGACCAGAAGCAGGCUGGUCUCGUAAAGAAGCAGCGGGUUCUCAUGAAGGACCUGACGGAGCAGCAGCGCCUCAUCCAACAGCGGCAGAUGAACAGCGCCGCCGACGCAGACGGAGACGAGGAGGCGACAACGUCCUCCAGCGGUAGCAGCCGCGCUCGUGCAGCACUCACAGGAGUGAACCACGAUCUGCUGAGGCAACUCACAUCUGCGCCGACGGCGGCAUCACCGUCGCUGCUGGAGAGCAACGCAUUCGGCACUCGUGCCAUCACCGCAGCUGGCAAGCCCGUCACCGGCGCCAACUCGAUCGCUGCGGCUGCGGCAGCGGAGGCGAAAGAGGAGCUCAAGAGCACCCUCGACAACCUCUUUGCCACUCUGCCCUCGGCUGCCCGGGCGGCACCCGGGCCCGCCUUGACGAGUCCCAGCGCGGACAUGCCCCCACCGCUUCCCCUGCCACCACUGAAGCGCCCUCGCGAAGCGUUGAACCCGGUGUCGGUGACUGGAGAGGAGGACAGGGACGCCAGCUAUCCGAGCGAAGUUGCUCAGCAGCGAGCACCUGAGUUGCCCUCUCGCCCUGCCGGCAGCAGCAGCACCACCGUCGAAACAAAGCGCAGCGACAACGGUGUUCCGGCAGACCUCUUCAGCACGCUGGGCAUCCCCGCACCUCGCAAGAUGCCAAAGACAGACGCCGCGGCGACGGCAGUAGUCGACAGCAACAACGGGGCUUCCCGAAGCAACGAGGCCCGUGCACCCAUCCAUGCUAAUGCGGACUCCUCAGACGCCGUGGCCACCAGCACCAGCGCUGCCGACGCGCAGUACGGUGUCACCUUCACAGAAGGUGAGGCAGAGAUGUACAUGCAAGAUGCACGUCGGUGGGUCGCUGUGGAGUGCGAACGCGCAACGACCGCUGCGGCGACAAGCACGACGCCGGAGGAUGAACAGCCCACGCCGGUGGAGAUCCACGCUGCUCAAAGCCUUGUGGAGCAGGAGCUGUGCUCGGCCGAUCGCACACCCACGGAUGGUCCCAGCAUGGCCAACGGGGGCAGCACGAAAGGAGCAACGCAGCUGCAGCACUCCUCAUCGAUGGCAGCGGCUGUCCGUGCUCACACGUCAGUCGGCGGCCUUCAGGCGUACGGCGCUCACGUAAACGUGCAGCAGGCGUUACACCAACUGAGCCAAAGAGUUGCCGUGCAAGUGCAGGAGGCCAACGCGAUCCUGCAGCCGCUUCGACAGGAGUGGGAACAGGUGAUGUCGGCGGCAAUGCUCAGCCCGCAGGACAGACACGCCCUUUCCGGGUACGUUCGCGACGACGGACAGUUGAAGGGCUCGCCGGCCGUGGGUAACAGCGCAGAGGAUGACGAGGGGGAAGGUCUGGCCCCGCCCUCCGUCGCCGCCUACGUGUGCGAGCGCAUCGUCGGUCAGCUGCAGCGUGUGCGGCUGGCGUCGCGUUUCACCAAGGAGCUGCGGGACCGCGAGGUCUUGAAGAUGCGCCGCGACUUGGAUGAGGUCGAAGACGACCUGCAUCAGCUGCAGUCUCGCGAGCGUACGCUGCAGGACAUGUACCGUCACAAGCGUGCGCAACAGCUGUGA